AUGGCGGCUCAAACAAAAAUCUGGCGCAAUUGGUCGCCCCGGACUGUCCUUUUUGCAAUCAACGUCUUCGCUGCAGUUGCGAUUUUCUUCGAAGGCUAUGAUCAAGGUGUCAUAGGAGGUGUGAAUGGCUCUCCAGACUACCAAAAGGUGGUGAAUAUUGGUAGUGGAGAUGGUAAUGGCUGCUUCUUGGGCGGUUGGUCAAGUGACAAAUUGGGCCGCAUUAAAAUCGUCUUCAUAGGAGCAUGCUACUGCCUGAUUGGAGGUGCCUUGUAG